GCGCCCUGGGUGUGGGUGUGUUCACAAUGCACGUGUGACCGUCAUUGACCACCAUCGGUCGUCGGUCGGUCGCCGUCGCCAUCUUUCUUCAUUGCAGAAGCUAGCAGCUGAGCCGUAAGAUAACCUUCAGAAAGCAACUGCAUCUUUUGCAAGAUGGUGCUCACCCACGUACUUGUCAGUGCCCGCCAAGUUCCGGCUGUUCUGAGGAGGAACUUCGGCAUUUGCGUGCCUGCUGCUCAGAAGGCAUCUGAUCCCAUCCAACAGUUAUUUGUUGAUAAAAUUAGAGAAUACAAGUCAAAGAGCACUGGUGGAAAAAUGGUGGAAGCGACCCCAGAAAUCCAGAAAGAGCUGGCAGCUGAACUGGAGCGAGUUCAAAAGACCUACGGUUUUGCAGCAGGAGCCAACGUGCAAGAUUUGCCCCCCAUGAAAUUCCAAGACCCUGACCUGAAGGAGGUGGUUUAGACGUCACCUUUGCCACAUUCAAACUACCUUUGGAAGAUGUGCUGUUUUGUGACUGUAAUUUGAUUGUUGAGACAUUGCCUACUGUUACAAUGUCCUCUGUAAAAGCACCUUGUAGAGUACCACCAUUGUAAAUAAAUCUAAGCCUACCAAGA